AUGAUGGCAUUUGCACCACCAAAAAGCAUAGAUGGUCCCAAAAUGCAGACAAAGAUGAGUACCUGGACCCCUCUAAACCAUCAGCUUUUGAAUGACCAGGUAUUUGAAGAAAGAAGAGCUCUGCUUGGAAAAUGGUUUGACAAAUGGACAGACUCUCAAAGGAGAAGAAUCCUGACAGGCCUUUUGGAACGCUGCUCCCUGUCACAGCAAAAGUUCUGCUGUAGACAGCUUCAGGAAAAAAUUCCAGCAGAAGCCUUGGAUUUUACUACCAAGCUUCCAAGGGUGUUAUCUUUAUACAUCUUUUCUUUUCUGGACCCCCGGAGUCUUUGCCGUUGUGCACAGGUGAGCUGGCAUUGGAAGAACUUAACUGAGUUGGAUCAACUCUGGAUGCUCAAAUGUUUACGGUUUAACUGGUAUAUCAACUUCUCUCCCACUCCCUUCGAGCAGGGUAUAUGGAAAAAGCACUAUAUUCAAAUGGUGAAAGAACUUCAUGUUACCAAGCCUAAGACUCCUCCAAAAGAUGGCUUUGUAGUUGCUGAUGUUCAGCCAGUUGCAAGCAGUUCUCCAGCGAAAAAGCCGUUUCUUUCAUCAACUUUUAGGUCUUCUUCCUCUCUAAGAAAGAAGAAUAAUGGUGGGGAGAAAGAGCUCCCUCCAUGGAGAUCCUCUGACAAGCAUCCUACUGAUAUCAUUCGUUUCAAUUACCUAGACAACUGUGACCCCGUCGAGCAAGCCUGGCAGGGGAGGAGGAAAAAUAAUGCAAUGACUCCAGAUUUCAGCCGACAGUCACAUGAUAAGAAAAAUAAAUUACAAGACAGAUCUAAGCUGAGAAAAGCUCAGUCACUGGUAAAACUCAGUUCCCCCCUAAAAGUUCCAGCUCAUCUCGCCUGGGCUUCUCAUCGGUCCGUGGGAUUCCCAGCCACCGAGGCAACAACUAAAAUUCUCAUGCGGCAUCUUCAGGGACACUCUAGGCUUCAGUCUUUAUCUAUCCAGGCUCCAGAGCCAAAGCUGAUUUAA